CGGAGUUUGAACUCAGGUUUCCCGCUCGUCUGGUUUGCAGUUCGGGCGGCUUUAUACGUGUACUCUGGUGAAGUCAUGUCUGGGACUCAUCUGCUGCCACAAAACCUCCUAAAACUCUUUGCACCCCGACCACCUCUUCCGUAUCAGCGUCCAGUUGGCAAGGAUAUCGAUCGUGUGCGGUCAAAAAAUGUCGCUGGAGUUGCAAACAUUCUCGAGCUGCUGAAACAGGAAGCGGCAGUUCACCUCAACGGCAAUGGAGAUGGAAUGGAAGAAGGGGAGGAGCCCACGUUUACCCUAGCCGAAGAAGUCAAACGACAGAUCAGGCGAGAGGAACGCAAGAAAAGAAAGCAGGAAGAAUUCAAAAUUGCUAAAGACACUUACAAACCUGCAGACGAUGCCCAAGCUAUAGGUGAUCCGUACAAGACAUUGUUCAUAUCUCGAUUGCACAAGGGAGCAACGGAAAAUGAUUUGCGACGCGAGUUUGAAAGCUUUGGUACUAUUGAACGGGUAAGAAUCGUACGUGACAAAAAGGGACGCAGCAGAGGAUAUGCUUUUAUCGUAUACGAACGCGAAAGAGAUAUGAAAGGUAAACUGUUUAUGGACUUGAAAGAUUUCUCAUUUCUGAUCUGCAUUAUAGCCGCGUACAAGGAAUCGGAUGGUCUUCAUAUAAUGGGCAAGCGGAUACUCGUCGAUGUCGAGCGAGGGCGAACUGUGAGAGGCUGGAAGCCGCGGCGUCUGGGAGGUGGGUUAGGAGGUCGACCUAAACCUGUCGAACAAGUGCCAGCGUUCUCAUCACAUAAGGGUGGCCGUGGAGGGUUUAGUGGUGGCGGUCGUGGAUAUGGCGACCGUGGAGGAUUCAGGGGUGGUAGAGGUGGCGGAUUUCGAGGUGGAGGCUUCGGCGAUCGAGGUGGAGGGUUCCGAGGUGGCGGAGGGUUUCGUGGCGGACGCGACGAUGGGUAUAGGCAAGUUGAAUGGUGAAAUUGAAGUGAGACGUUGCUGAUAGUCUCUUACAGGGGAGGACGCGGGGCGGGCAUCGGCUAUCAAGGAGGCUUCGGAGAUGGCCAAGCCAAUGGGUAUGGUCCCGGACCAGGUGGGUACGGUGGGAAUCCACCUAGUCAAGGAUAUGGUCCUCCUGGCGGUGGGUAUUACAGUCGUGACCUCAAGCGCGAAGCACCGGGUGGGUAUGACGACCGCGACGCCAAGCGACCACGGUAUUAGUUGCGGUUGG